AUGUUGGAUAAUCUAUCAACUGAUCAUGAAAAUUUCUUAGAUAUUCUUCUGUUACUAGGUAAAUAUGAUAUUCAUUUGAAUAACCAUUUAAAAACCAUUAUAAAAAAUAGUAAAAAAGCUCAUGAAUCAGGAAAUAAGGAAAGAAGUGGACUCAUUACAUUUAUUUCUAAGACCACAGUGAAUGUCAUAAUUGAUUCCAUUAGUUGCAUUAUGAAAAACAAAAUAUCUGAUGUGGUUCGUGAAGCAGGAAUGUACUCAAUAGAAAUUGAUACUACUCAGGAUAUAAAAUAUUCAAAUUCAUCUGGCCAUGGUAUGUUUGAAUUGCUUCAAACUGUGUUGAAAAAUAACAAUUUGAAUUUAGAAAUGUGCAUAGGUAAUGCAACAGAUGGUGCAGCCAACAUGCAGGGUAUCUACAUUGGCUUUACAGCUUGGUUAGUGAAAUCUUCUUCAGGACAAGUGCAUGUUUGUACUAUGUUUGUAUGCUGUCUUCAUAUUUUAGUCAAGUACUCGUAUAAUAUAUAUAGCAGUGCUUAUAGUAAUUUAGGAUUGGCAUACAAAUAUCUUUUAACACUACCAUCAACUCAGGUAGCAUGUGAGCGAACAUUUUUAAAUUUAAAAUGUAUUAAAAACAGAUUAAUGAGCAAACUCUCGGAAUCCAAACUAGAGGCGUUUAUGUUAAUGUCCAUCGAAAAAGAAGUACUUUAUAAUAUAGACACAGAUGACAUAAUCAAUAAAGUAGCUAGUACCUCUAAGACACUAACUAAAGAAUUAAUAAUUCGUGCAAUUGGCAGAAAAAGGCUGCCUAAUUCACGAAAUCAGCAAUCGAAAUUUGCCGACGUCGUGAAUUUGGUAGCCAAAUUGCCGAUUACACGUAUUUGGCGACAACAUUGCUGA